AAAAAAAAAAAAAAAAAAUGUGUGCUUUCUCCUUCCAGGUUAUCCUCCACCCCACCCCAAACAGCCCCAAACAAUCUGAGUGGCACAAAAUGACAGUCUCCAAAAACUGCCCUGAUCAAGACCUCAAGAUCAAACUCGCAGUCCGAAUGGAUAAGCCUCAGAACAUGAAGCACUCUGGGUACUUAUGGACCAUUGGUAAGAAUGUGUGGAAGAGGUGGAAGAAGAGGUUCUUUGUGUUGGUGCAGGUCAGCCAAUACACUUUUGCCAUGUGCAGCUAUCGAGAGAAGAAAGCAGAGCCCCAGGAACUCCUCCAGCUGGAUGGCUACACUGUGGAUUACACUGAUCCCCAGCCAGGUUUGGAGGGUGGCCGAGCCUUCUUCAAUGCAGUCAAAGAAGGAGACACGGUGAUAUUUGCAAGUGAUGAUGAGCAGGAUCGGAUCUUAUGGGUCCAAGCCAUGUACCGGGCCACUGGGCAGUCGCACAAACCAGUGCCCCCCACCCAGGUGCAGAAGCUCAAUGCCAAGGGAGGAAAUGUGCCUCAGCUGGACGCCCCCAUUUCGCAAUUUUCUGGACUGAAGGACGCAGAUAGAGCUCAAAAGCACGGCAUGGAUGAAUUUAUCUCUUCCAACCCCUGUAACUUUGACCACGCUUCCCUCUUUGAGACGGUGCAGAGGCUGACUUUGGAUCACAGACUUAAUGAUUCCUAUUCUUGCCUGGGCUGGUUCAGUCCUGGCCAGGUGUUUGUAUUAGAUGAGUAUUGCGCUCGAAAUGGAGUCCGAGGAUGUCAUCGGCAUCUCUGCUACCUUAGAGACUUGCUGGAACGGGCAGAAAACGGCGCCAUGAUUGACCCCACGCUUCUCCACUACAGCUUUGCCUUCUGCGCAUCGCACGUCCACGGUAACAGGCCUGAUGGAAUCGGAACUGUGACUGUUGAAGAAAAAGAGCGCUUCGAAGAAAUCAAAGAGCGACUCCGAGUUCUGCUGGAAAAUCAAAUUACACAUUUUAGGUAUUGCUUUCCUUUUGGUCGACCCGAAGGUGCUUUGAAAGCUACUCUCUCACUCUUGGAACGGGUUUUGAUGAAAGACAUUGUCACUCCAGUACCACAGGAAGAGGUCAAAACUGUCAUCCGUAAAUGCCUGGAACAGGCUGCGCUAGUCAACUACUCACGCCUGUCCGAGUAUGCCAAAAUUGAAGGGAAAAAGAGAGAAAUGUAUGAGCAUCCUGUCUUCUGCUUGGCCUCCCAAGUGAUGGAUUUAACCAUUCAGAAUCAGAAGGAUGCAGAAAAUGUAGGCCGCUUAAUCACUCCUGCCAAAAAGCUUGAAGACACAAUCCGUCUUGCUGAACUAGUCAUUGAAGUACUUCAACAAAACGAGGAGCAUCAUGCAGAGGGGAAAGAGCCACAUGUUGAUAAAGGAGAAGCCUUUGCGUGGUGGUCGGACUUGAUGGUGGAGCAUGCGGAGACGUUCCUGUCACUCUUUGCAGUGGACAUGGAUGCAGCGUUAGAGGUGCAGCCCCCAGACUCAUGGGACAGCUUCCCACUGUUCCAGCUGCUGAAUGACUUUCUCCGCACAGACUAUAAUUUGUGCAAUGGAAAAUUUCACAAACACCUGCAGGACCUGUUUGCCCCGCUUGUUGUUAGAUAUGUGGAUCUGAUGGAGUCCUCAAUUGCACAAUCCAUCCACAGGGGCUUUGAGCGGGAGUCAUGGGAACCAGUCAAGAGUUUAACCAGUAACCUACCCAAUGUGAACCUACCCAAUGUGAACCUACCCAAAGUUCCAGUUAACCUUCCAGUUAACAUCCCUCUAGGCAUCCCACAAAUGCCUACUUUUUCGGCACCGUCAUGGAUGGCUGCUAUAUAUGAUGCUGAUAAUGGAUCAGGUACAUCAGAAGAUUUGUUCUGGAAACUCGAUGCCCUGCAGACUUUCAUCCGUGACCUACACUGGCCUGAGGAAGAGUUUGGAAAACACUUAGAACAGCGGCUGAAACUGAUGGCAAGUGACAUGAUUGAGUCCUGCGUCAAGCGAACCAGGAUUGCAUUUGAAGUUAAGCUGCAAAAAACCAGUCGAUCAACAGAUUUUCGAGUCCCACAGUCAAUAUGCACCAUGUUUAAUGUUAUGGUUGAUGCCAAAGCUCAAUCAACAAAACUUUGCAGCAUGGAAAUGGGCCAAGAGCAUCAAUACCAUUCAAAAAUAGAUGAACUAAUUGAAGAAACCGUUAAGGAAAUGAUCACACUCUUGGUGGCAAAGUUUGUAACUAUUUUGGAAGGUGUCCUGGCGAAGUUAUCCAGAUAUGAUGAGGGGACUUUGUUUUCUUCUUUUCUGUCAUUUACGGUGAAGGCAGCUUCCAAGUAUGUGGACGUGCCUAAACCCGGCAUGGAUGUGGCCGACGCCUAUGUGACUUUCGUCCGCCACUCUCAGGAUGUCCUUCGUGAUAAGGUCAAUGAGGAGAUGUAUAUAGAAAGGUUAUUUGAUCAAUGGUACAACAGCUCCAUGAACGUCAUCUGCACCUGGUUGACCGACCGGAUGGACCUACAGCUUCACAUUUAUCAGCUGAAAACAUUAAUUAGGAUGGUAAAGAAAACCUAUAGAGAUUUCCGAUUGCAAGGGGUCCUGGAUUCCACCUUAAACAGCAAGACCUAUGAGACCAUUCGAAACCGCCUCACUGUGGAGGAAGCUACGGCGUCAGUGAGUGAGGGUGGGGGCUUACAGGGCAUCAGCAUGAAGGACAGUGAUGAGGAAGAUGAAGAAGACGAUUAGACCAUCCUCUGGGUCCAAGAGUCCACUGAGAUGGAGUCCUGGAAUCAAUGCAUGUCCUUAGUCUGUUAGUUAACUCCAUUAGGGAAUUCUCUGUCAACUACCAUACCCAUGAGACGUUUUACCAUUUUAGCUAUGUGGUACCAAGAUUAGCAAAUGACCUUCAGAUCCAUGGUUUUCUGAUUUCUGUGUCUAUAUGUUUACAAGCAAUAUGGAACACCAUCCUUAAACCCUGUUCACUGAGCAUAUACAUAGUUGAGCUGCUAGGUGUGCCCCUGUUGUUAGCAGAACAAAAUGCUUCAUCCCAUACUGCAUAUGCACUGAUGGGACGUGGACAUGGGAGCAAUCACGCUGAGAGUUUCCAUGUCUCUAUUUCACAUAUGUGAGUACCAGGUAUUUAAAUGAGGACAUGAAUAAAUUAAUUUAAGCACAUAGAUCUGCUUGGUUUGGAUUUCAGUUUUGUUCCUGUUUUGUGGGAAGGAAAAAAAUGGCACAGUUCCAACAGCCAACUUGAGCUCUUCUCAUCCCCUGAAACUGAAAGCAGUGGACCCCUUGUGUCCUGGCUAACCCAGCUUCGCAUUUAUCCAUGUAGUUUCCCCCACCAAAAAAGUUACAUAACAAUUAAUUAAUUAUUUUAAUUGUCAUGGCAAGGGGGCCAUCUGAUCAGGACUUAGCAUCAAGCAAAGUUCAGACCAACUGUCUUCUGUCAAAGUUUAUCCUAGUAAAUGUUACAUUUUACUUUUCUGUUUCAAUAACUGUAUAUGUAAAAAAUAAAACAAAACCUAUUGAAAUGACAACCCUAGACUAUAAAUGUAUUUAUAAUAAGAUAUGGAUAUUUCCUCCAGUAGACUGUAACCAUAAUUUCAAUUAUUUUGUUCCACACUGUUUUUUAUAUCUGUCAUGUACAUUGCACUUUGAUCUGUAACUGAGUGACCCUGGGGUCUGCUGUAGAGCUGUUUCUUUCUGUGGAAAGUAGUGGAUCCAUCUUGCUUUUUGCCUUAUAUAAAAGCCUACAGUUGUAAAAGUGUAGGAAACUGUAGCUUCUCAAUAAAUAAUUAUUCAAAUGUCCUAGGAA